AUGAGAUUUGAGAAAAGUAUUUCCCUUCAAGAGGAGCUACAAGAAUCGUUGGCAGCAUUGAAAAAGCCCAAUCGUUCAACAAAUUCUGCAAAUUCAUUGGAGUUGGAGAUACUCAUUAAAAAAGAGAUGAAUUUGCAUGAAGCUGGAGGGGUUAAAGGUGAACUCCUUGAGUUUGUACACAACUGUUUGUCGAAUGUGGUUCAGACUAGUGUAGAGGCAGAAAGAGCAUUUUCGGCCGCGGGGGUACUUGGCCUGUAA